GCAGGAAAAUCAAAUGAAGAACCUUUAUACAUGCUUUAUGAUGACACCCAUAGACAACAGUGUUCUGCACGAGGUUUGCAAACUCCUGAAGACAAUAUAUAUGAAGAAGUAGAUUUGCAGCAAAUUAAUCAAAAUGAAGAAGAUUUUGGAGACACUGUAAGUUGGAUUGAAUCUGAAGCUGGUAAUGAUCAUUCUGCAAGUUCAGCUAGUGAAGAAAUUGAAGAAGAAACUGGAGCAUCUAAAUUAGCUGCAAGAUUUAUUGGUAAAAAGAAGAAAAGUACUAAGAAAGGAAAAGAAAAUGAGGGAAUAACUGGAGGUUUUACUCGAUGGUUUUCUACAAGAAAGAAAGAAUAUGAACUAGAAAAAUGUGUAAAUAAAAUUAAUAGACAUUCUCAAGUGCUCUAUGCAGAUGAAGAUGGUUAUGUUGAUGUGAAAAUACCAAAGAAACAGAGGCCACCUUUAUCCCUACCACCUAUGCCACCUGGUCUUAGCCCUGAAAAAAUGAAACGAAGAUACAUUGUGGGUAGUGUUGUUGAUAGUGAAAAUUCCUACUUAAACUCAUUGCAAAGGCUUAUCAGAGAUUAUAAGCAUCCACUAGAAGAUUCAACUCCACCCAUUGUGAGUGCCAAUAAAAUUAGCAUUAUGUUUCAUCGUGUGGAACAAAUAUUGCAGUGCCAUAAUAUUUUUGGAAUAGCUCUUACUCAAUGUGUUCGUCAAUGGGAUCAAGAAGAAAAGAUAGGAGAUGUAUUUGUUGCAUCAUUUUCUAAGACAAUGGUUCUGGAUAUUUAUAGUGAUUUCAUCAACAACUUUUCAUUAGCCAUGGAAACCGCUAAACAGGCAUCAAAGAAUAAAUCUGCAUUCGCUGAUUUUUUGAAAGUGAAGCAAAUCAACAGCCCAGAUAGGCUGUCAUUUUUUGGGCUAAUGGUGAAGCCUGUUCAGAGAUUUCCUCAGUUUAUAUUAAUGCUUCAGGAUUUACUUAAAGAUACGCCACCUGGUCAUCAUGAUAGAAUGUCCUUGCAAUUAGCACUAACACAGCUAGAAUCCUUGGCAGAAACUCUGAAUGAAAGGAAACGUGAGGCAGAGCAACAUCAUGCUGUCAGAGAGGUUUUGAAGCACUUAGGAAAAUUUUCUUUUAAAUCUUCAACUGAAAGAGAUCACUACUUACUCAGACAAGAUGAUGUUAUCCAAUUGCAAUUAGAUCAAAAUGGCCUUGUUGUAAAAUCAAAAGAGCGAAGACUGUUCUUAUUGAAUGAUCUGUUAGUUUCUGUUGCUGUUACCCCAAGAAGCACUGAUGGAAUUCUCAAUGGAGAAAGGUUGAAUUUGAAAUGGGCAGUACCUCUUCAAGAUGUAGAAGUUCAUGAUGAUAUUGCAUUUUCCACUAAAAAUCUAAUGAUCUCAUCUAGUCGUAAUAAAACUUUUGGAAGCCGUAGCUUAGACCGAAAUUCAGAUGCAGGGAAUGACAGGACACUGUAUGAUGACCUAAGGGACCUUGUGCACGAUAAAGAUGUUGUAAGCCGAAUGGAAUCUCUAAUUUCAUCAUUAAGACGUUCUUAUAGUGGCAUUAAUUUGGAACUGCUGCAAGGUAUAUCCACUUCUAUUCAAGAAUCUAUUCGUCAAAAGUGUGAAGAAAUUAGUCUUUUGGAUAGUUGUUGUUUACAAUUAGCUGUACCUGUGAAAUCAAGAUCAAAUAAAGAAAGCAUAUGCUUCCAAAUGUCAAGUCCUUCAGUCAAAAGGGAUUGGACUACUGAUUUGAGACUUGCAAAGUUAGCCUUAGAUCCAAAUAAUACUCCUGCUUGGGAUAUCCCAGAACAAGAGAAAAGACCUAGCAGCAAAAUGCCAUUAUUUGUUAAAACCUUUCCUGUAUUUCAGGCACCAUCAUCAGCUGAAGUCAAAUGUGGAUGCCAUUACAUUGUUAGUAGCUGCUCUGUUCCUCAGCAAUACUUAUGGAUAUGUUCUUCAGAUGGAGUUAAUAGUCAUUUAGUUGUUAUGGCUGUACAUCUUACCCACCUUCGGCAAGUUGGUGUAUAUCAUCUAAGUGAGAUGAUAAUUCUUGCAAUUGAAGCAGUACCUGUGAUGCAAUUUAGCAAAGGUUGCUCUGAUCCAGAUAGCUCUGAACCUGCAUUAAAUAAUGUGCAUUCAGUCGAAACGGUGUGGAUGGGAACCGAUAAUAAAAAAAUACUGGUGCUAGAAGGCUCCUGCCCAGAGAAGUGGGAAGAAAUUGGAAAUGCUGUAGUAUCUGCUGCUAUUGUUCAAAUAAAAUAUCAUUGGGAUCAAGUAUAUGUCGCAUUGGCUAAUGGCACUGUUGUAAUUUUUCAUCGAGAAUCAGAUGGACAAUGGCAGCUGCAAGAUCCUACCAUAGUAACGUUGGGUCAAGACCCUGUAACGUGCCUCUUACCUCUAGGUUUAGCUAUGUACUGUGCAUGUGGCUCAAAAAUUUGGGUAAUAGAUUCUCUCACAGCUGAAAUCCAGAGGAAUUAUUCUGUUCAACAUGAUGAAGAUGAUCAGGCUUUUUUGUUGGCUCAUUCUGGUACUGGAUUAUGGAUAGCGUUGAAAAAUUCUGCCACAAUUUGUUUAUAUCACACUGAAACAUUUCGUCACCUACAGGAUAUAAAUGUUGCUGCUAAUGUCAAUAGAAUCCUUGCAGCCAAAGAUAAAGAAAAGUCUCCUCAUGCCAUUUAUGUCACAUCACUUUUAGCUAGUAAAGGCUUAUUAUGGGUAGGAACAAAUGUUGGAAUUAUACUAACUGUUCCUCUACCACGUUUAGAGGGAGUGCCUAUAAUAACAGGACGUGUCAGUCUAGCAUUCCAUGCACAUCAUGGAUCAGUGCAAUUAUUGUUAAGUUUGCAACCUAAAGCAAUGACUCUACCAGUUUUAACUUCACCAGUUGCUAGAAGAUCUGCUAGUGCUGAUGGUGAAGAUGAUUCUUCAAUUCUCUCGCCUAGAACUAGAGUUAUUAAGCAAGUUUCAGAUUCUGUACUGCCAUCUCCAGUAUCUAGUAAGAAAUUUCCAGGUCAGAAGUCAAAUGUUGGAGACAUACAUAUUUCUGGUGCAAAAACGUUACCUAGAGGAAUGUCAUUAUGUUCUCACAUAUCACCUCAAGAUAGUAUAGAAGAAUCUAAUGAUGUAUAUGGUUUAUAUGCAGACUUGAUGAAUGUUCAAGAUUAUGAAAAAGACAGCCAAGAAAAGUUAUAUGAACGUUUAAAUCACAGUGAUCCAGAAUUGGUCCAUUUUCAUCUGAAUACUUUAGAUCGGAGGGUUCAACAGAAAUCUGGUCGGCCUAGGAGUUGGGAUUUAUCUACAAUGGCAGUAUCCGAAGAUUCAGAUUCAUCUGCAACCUAUGAUACUGCAUCAACUGCAACAUCUACUGCAACAACUGAAAUAAGUAUGCCUUCACCUGAAUCUGUUAUUGAAGAAUCUCAUUCUCCAGUACACAAAGUUACUGAUGAAUCUCCUUGUUUGCCAACUCAUGUGACUUUAGGACGGACAGCAUGUAAAAAAGUACCAAAAGCUGUUACAGAUUCUACUCAAAAAACUGUCUUGAUGUUGACAGGUGGCUGUGGGUAUGCAAAUUGGCGUAAAACAGAGAAAGAACAGGAAUCAAAAUCAUGUCUUGAUGCACAUGUAAUGAUUUGGGAAGUUAAAUUGUAA